AUGGACUUGGACUUGGACUUGGCUGAACCAGGCCAAUGGCCAGGCACAUGGCCAGGAACGAACUGGGGGCCAAGGUUCACCAGAUGGGGCCCGAGAGGUGGGUCCAGCUCUUGGGAGCAGCCAACCGCGAGGGAGCUUAGGGGGAAUGUCUUGCUCAGGAGAGCCCUAGCAAAGCAACGCAACGCAACGCAACGCAACGCAACGCAACGCCGAGGCAGCCCGUUGUUUACGGUUCUGCUGGGCCGCAAAUUACCAGUUGACAUGUACCUGACCUAG